UUCACGUUUAAAAGUAAUAUAAAAUGUCGUACUGCAAGGUAUUUGGCAAAGAUGUAGUUAUGUUUGUUACCAAAGAAGAUCAUGCAACACCUAGCACUGUUGAGUUGCCACCACCAGAGCCACCACAAGGCCUUAUAACCAGUGAUGGAGAAAUUAAUUGGAGUUGCCCCUGUCUAGGAGGCAUGGCUACCGGUCCAUGCGGUGUUGAAUUUCGUGAUGCAUUUUCUUGCUUCCAUUAUAGCAAGGCAGACCCGAAAGGUUCCGAUUGUUUCGAAGCUUUUAGAGCUAUGCAAGAUUGCUUUGUACAAUAUCCCACAGUAUACAAUAAGUCUUCCGGCAACGAUGAAGAUGAAGAGGAGGGUGGAUUAAAUAUGUUAAAUUUGGAAGAAGCUGAAAAAGAGGCAUCAACCGAGGUUCCUAGUGUGGAGGCUACGGCCGUUAACAAGAAAGAAAAUUGAACUAUGGGUGGAUGGGGGAAAAAAGUGUACGUUUAAAGUCGAAGAAAUUUUUCUUCAACUAUGAAAUUCGCCAGACAAAUAUGAAUUAAUAUAAUUUUGUUAUGAUUACAUUUUCACAUACAAUUUUUAAAUGUUCACGGUUAUCUUGAAAUAGAUUUUUAGUAAUAGUUCUCUAUAUAAUUAAACAUCUGAAAUAUAGAAAUGUAUAUUAUUCCAAAAAUUUAAA